UGCUGAGAUUUCGCGCAAAAUGACAUUGCUAUACAGCCCCCCCCAGCUCUAUGCCUGCUGUUUGAAUUGGGAAAUGCCGACCGCUUUGGUUUCUCAUGCAAUACCGCCAGUAUGUAAAACAAAUCAAAGACCCCCUUGCCUGUGAGGGGGGCUGCUCGUGAUUGGAGCUAGUGAAAGUGUGACACAGGGAUUUGAAUGCUCGGGCAGCAGCACUGACGAGCACAUUUUGCAGCUGCCGCUGCUCCAUGAGCUGCAAACUCUCAUUUCCUUCUCUCUCUCUCUCUCUCUCUUUCUCUCUGCAUUUGUACCAUCUGCAUGCUGAGAAGUGUACCUGGCAGCCAGCAUCUUCCAAUCCCUGCAGCAUUCUUCAUCCCUCAGCAGCAAACCACUCUUUGACAAGCAACAACCAUUCAUCCCUCAGCAGAAACCAUCUCUCCUGACACCAGCCUCCAUCCUUCUGCAGGCUCCAUUCCCUGGCAGUCAAAGACAUCCAUGCCCCCAUCCUCUGCCUCCACCCCUGUUACCACCACAUCACCCAUGCAGUAACAUCCUCCAUCACCCAAUAGCCUCUCUUCUUCCCACCACCCAUCAUUCCUCUAUGGGAAAGCCGUCAACAUGAGCACAGAUGCUAACCACCUGCCUACAGGAUCCCAGGAAGUGAGCGGGGCUCUGUGGACUCCAUCCAGCUGGACGGCUUCAGAUGUCCCUCCCAACACCAGUGCCUCCUUGGCAGAGCAGCCAAGGGAAGAGGAGUGGGGAGGCAAUGUUGGAGAGAUUGCAGGCAUGGUUGUGAUCCAGUUCAUUUAUGCCCUGGUGUGUCUGCUGGGGCUGGUAGGCAACUCGCUGGUGAUCUUUGUUAUCCUGCGCUAUGCCAAGAUGAAGACAGCUACCAACAUCUACUUGCUCAACCUGGCCAUUGCUGAUGAGCUUUUCAUGCUCAGUAUCCCCUUUGUGGCCACCUCUGCUGCCCUACACCACUGGCCCUUUGGUCGGGCCCUGUGCCGUACCGUGCUGGGCGUGGAUGGUCUCAACAUGUUUACCAGUGUCUUCUGCCUGACUGUGCUCAGCCUGGACCGCUACAUUGCUGUGGUGCAUCCACUACGGGCAGCCACCUACCGCCGGCCGCGGGUGGCCAAGAUGGUCAAUGGAGGGGUCUGGCUGCUCUCACUGCUGGUGGCUUCACCCAUCCCUAUCUUUGCUGGCACAGCCACCACACGUGAUGGCCACGCGGUGGCUUGCAACCUCCUGUGGCCUAGUCCAGCUUGGUCGGCCGCUUUUGUAGUCUACACAACCUUGCUGGGCUUCCUGCUGCCAGUGCUGGCCAUGGGGCUGUGCUACCUACUGAUCGUGGGCAAGAUGCGGGCGGUGGCUCAGCGGGUGGGCUGGCAGCAGCGGCGGCGCACGGAAGGGAAGCUGACCCGGCUGGUGCUGAUCAUUGUGGCUAUGUUUGUGGUGUGUUGGAUGCCCUUCUAUGUGGUCCAGCUGGUGAACUUGUUGCUGCCUGGCCGCCUGGAUGCCACAGUCAACAACGCAUCCCUCAUCCUCAGCUACUCCAAUAGCUGUGCCAACCCCAUCCUGUAUGGCUUCCUCUCUGAGAACUUCAGGCACUCCUUCCAGGGGGUCUUGCGGAGAUGCUUUGAUGCCAGCUUCUGCUGCUGCCCAGUGGACCUGGAUGAGGCAGAGGAGGAGGAGGAGGAGCCACUGGAUUACUGUGCCAACACCCGGGGCGAUGAGAAAAACAAGGGCUGCAUGUGCCCGACCCUGCCCUGCCAGCAGGAGCCUGUGCACCCUGAGCCCUUCUGCAAGCCAGGCACCCUUCUUACAAAGACCACUACCUUCUAAAGGAUACCUCUGCCUCGGCAUCCUUCCUCCUAGGACCUUGGCCUUCCGAAAGGGUGCCUCCACCUGCCACAGGACCAGCGCCUUCCAGAGAACAUCAUCACCUGAGAGCACCUUUCUCCACACCUACUGCUCCAACUUGCUCCGUAGACACAGACUAAGGGGGUUACUCAACCUGUGUAAGUCCUCUGUGUGAGGGCUCCUUGCUUCUAGGUAGGACCUUUCCUUCAUGUUAAGGUGGGAUGGGGUUUGUACAAAUGUUUGGACAUUUUAGAGCCAGAGUGUGCCCCUCUUUGCCAUAUCAAGUAGCACCUUACUCCAAGUCAGGUUUCCAUGCUUUUAGGGGUAAGGGACCACUCUGAAUCCAGCAUAUUUUUUCCGUCACUCCCAUUCAUGACAUUUCCAUCCGGGAGUUCUCUGUUUGGCUUAUAUGGAAUAGCCUGCUUCCUAUGACCUUGUUCAGUACAGGGCACUUGGGCAUAAUGGUAAGCCAUGGGUCCAAAUCUCAUAGCUGACAGCAUUGACAGGAAUUUGCAGGCAAUCUCACUGAGAAUAGGACUUUUCCCUCUAAAGCCAGUAACAUGUUUAGAGGAAACAGUUUGCUUAAAAAAAACAGAAAAAAAAUUGGAGGGAUUUUACUAUUAUUAGUUUGA